GUAUGUUGGGUACACUGGGCGCAGGAAAGCGAGAAGCUGGCAGAGCGCGAAAGGGGCAUGGCCGAGUGGGCGACUGUGUGGUGGCGACCUACUCCCGAGAUUCUAUCUGCGCCCCAUCUGGCCCGAAUGCCUCUGAUGUGCUUCGUACGCUGCUGACUUCCGCGCUCCAAAAUGCACUUCUCCAUACCGGACACCCAAGAGCUCAAGGACGAAAACGGAUCGUCGUACGUUGCAUACAACAUCCAUGUCAAUGGAGCAUUCCACUGCACCGUGCGCUACAAGCAGCUACACAACCUUCAUGAACAGCUGAAAAAGGAAUUUGGCUCGGCGGCCCUCCCGCCCUUCCCUCCCAAGAAGCUGCUGCCUCUGACUCCCUCACAGACGGAAGAGCGCCGAUGCUUCCUCGAGAAGUACAUCCAGCUGGCGAGCCAGGACAUGCGCAUCUGCUCGGACGAGGUGUUCACGGGGUUCCUGCUGUCGGCCCAGCAGGAGACCCAAGGAGUGUCGCCCCAGCAGGUGGACCUCGAUGUCUUCCUCAUGAGCUGGCAGAAGGUGACCGUCCGCGUCUGCUCCACGGACCCCACUCGGCUCGUCACGGAGGCUGUGGCGAGGGCCAUUGGACUGCCACUGGACCUGGUCUGCUACUUCGCCCUGUUCCUGGUGAAGAAGGGGGACACGGAUAUCACCAUCCUGAGGCGCCUGGAGAACUUUGAGGCCCCGCACCUGUCCCUGGCGUCUGCGGGCCCCGGCCACUGCGUGGUCGUCCGGAAGAGCUACUGGGACAGUGGCUGGGACCGGGCGCUGCUGGACGACCGGGUGGCCCUGAACCUGGGCUACGUGCAGGCCCUGAGCGACCUGGACCGGGGCUGGGUGCUGGCCCCCAAGGAGACCCAGAGGCAGCUGGCAGCCCUACAGGCCAAGGGCUCCAAGAGGGAGUACCUGCAGCUGGCGUGCACGCUCAAGUACUACGGCUACCUGCAGUUUGCCCCCUGCCAUUGCGACUACCCGCAGCCCGACACCAGGGUGCUCAUCAGCGCCGGCGGCAGGGAGCUCAACUUCCGGCUGGCCCUGGCUCAGGACCAAGUGAAGGAGGUCAGCUUCCGAGUGACGAGGAUACGCUGCUGGAGGAUCACCACCGCCGUGGGAGAGGAGGUGAAUGGAGAGGGGCACACCCAGCAGAGGCUGGAGCUCUCUUUUGAGUACCUCAUGAGCAAGAACAAGCUCCAGUGGGUCACUGUGGUCAGCAGCCAGGCAAUCCUGCUGAGCGUCUGCCUCCAGGGCAUGGUGGGGGAGCUGCUGCUGAAGAAGCAAGGCGCCAGCCGUCCCGGCCAACCUGGUGGGCUCUCACACCCCAAGGCCGGCCGCAGGGGCUCGUGGAGCUUUCUGCGCAGAGACGGCAGCGGCUACCAGAUCUCGGUCAGCCGCUCCGCCUCCAGCGACGGCAUCGUCCGGGACGCCGGAGAAGAUUCAAAGCCCAGGCCCAGAGAUUUCCCCAAAAAAUUGACCGACGGAAAACGGGGAACGUCUCUCACAUCUCCGAAAGCCACGAUGGAGAACGACGCUUUCGAAGGCAUCGGAGACGACGACCUCUGAGUGCCGCACUGGGCCUGGAGGACUGGCGGAGAACCAGUGCCAAGCUGCUCGGACGCCACACUUCCUUCCAGCACCGCCUCCCCGUCAGUCGGCAGACGAGGGGUUCUGCCGGUGGGCCAACACAGACUGGUCACAAGCUGCGGGAGCGGGUUGCGAGAUUUGUUAACGGGUUCCACGACCGGAACUCAAAGUCUUCUCUCAGCGCUUGCACAUGUCGCUUUUGCCGUACGUGGCCGGCGUAAGACGGUUCCGUCCGUGGAAACUCCGCCCUCGGAGGGCGGGUGCACCGAGGCCACGCGACAAGCUGGCGAGGGGUUGGUUCUCUUCGCGGU